AUGUGUCCUGCUGCCAUGGCGACCGUGACUCCUCCCCUCACGUUUCUUCUUCUGCUACUUCAAAUGGCUGACGGCUCAUUCCCAGAGGAACCCAGUCCGCUCAGCUACGUCCCUGUGGAGGUGGUGAGGAGGUACCCUGUGUUUCUGGGCAGGGCUCACCGUUCGGCUCAGAGGCAGGAGCUGCACAUCCAAACCAUUCUCCAAGUCAACCGCACGCUCUACAUAGGAGCCAGAGAUGACUUGUACAGAGUUGAGCUGGACAACAUGGCUGGGGAGGAAAUGUUCUACAGCAAAAAGCGGACGUGGGAAUCCAAUAAAAAUGACAUUCGAGUGUGCCGUAUGAAGGGCAAACAUGAGGGCGAGUGCCGCAAUUUCAUCAAGGUUUUGCUCAGCCAGCCAGACGGCCUGUUUGUGUGUGGAACAAAUGCCUUCAAUCCUCUUUGUGCAAAUUACACUAGAGACACUUUGGAAAUGGUGGGUGAGCCUGUGAGUGGCAUGGCACGCUGCCCGUAUGAUCCGAGACACGCUAACGUGGCUCUAUUUGCAGAUGGAAGUCUCUUUACCGGCACCGUGACAGACUUCUUAGCCAUUGAUGCUGUGAUCUAUCGCAGCCUUGGUGACAGUCCUGCCCUACGCACCGUCAAACAUGACUCCAAAUGGUUCCGAGAGCCAUACUUUGUGAGUGCCAUGGAGUAUGGGCCACAUAUUUACUUCUUCUUCAGAGAGAUGGCCAUGGAGUUUCAUCAUCUGGAAAAGGUGAUGGUGUCCCGCGUGGCCCGUGUAUGUAAGUCUGACCUAGGAGGCUCUCAGCGCGUCCUAGAGAAACAGUGGACCACGUUCCUGAAGGCUCGGCUUAACUGCUCUGUGCCCGGAGACUCACACUUCUACUUCAACCUGCUGCACGCUACCAGCAGCAUCAUUCACAUGCAGGGCCGAGAUGUGAUCCUGGGCCUAUUCUCCACACCUCCCAACAGCAUCCCUGGCUCCGCUGUGUGUGUGUUCGACAUGCAGCAGCUGGCACAUGUCUUUGAGGGACGCUUUAAGGAGCAGAAAUCCCCUGAGUCAAUUUGGACUCCUGUACCAGAUGAGGCCGUGCCUAAACCCAGACCAGGAGGAUGUGCAGUGCAGGGAUCAAGAUUCAGCACCUCCACAACACUGCCGGAUGAGGUGCUAAACUUUGUGAAGACACACCCUCUGAUGGAUGAAACUGUUCCACUUCUCGGACACAGGCCAUGGGUGGUCAAGACAAUGGGGAGGUACCAGCUGACAGCAAUGGUUGUGGACACAGAAGCAGGUCCACACAAGAACAGAACUGUGCUAUUUUUGGGCUCAACCCGAGGAACCAUCUUGAAGUUUUUAAUGAUUCCCAAUGGAGAUUUAGUCUCCCACAACAGCGUGUUUCUGGAGGAGGUAGAGGGAUUCAACCCUGACAAGUGUGGGGAGGACUCUCCUCAGGCUCGACAGCUCCUGUCUCUGACUCUAGACAGAACCAGCCACACUCUGCUGUUGGCCUUUCCCUCGUGUCUGGUCCGAGUGCCCACGUCUCGCUGCCAUCUUCACUCACGCUGCAUGAGAAGUUGCCUGGCCUCAAGGGAUCCAUAUUGUGGCUGGACCAGAGGCAGCACCUGCUCCUUUCUAAGACCAGGCACAAGGCUCCCAUUUCAACAAGACGUGGAGUAUGGGAACACCACCUCCCAUCUGGGAGACUGUGAUGGUAUCUUGCAGCAGAGUUUGCUGAUUGAACCAGAGAGCCUGGUCUCCCUGAACCUCUUGGUGGCAUCUGCAGUGUCAGCGUUCACCAUCGGGGCAGCCCUCUCUGGCCUGGCAGUCUGCUGGAUCAUGGCUCACAAACCAUCCAACCGAAGACAUCAUACCGGGUCUCAGUCCAGUUUACAGCGGCGCGACAGAGGCUUGAUAAACAGUGCUAUGGGUGGCUCAGUUCUGAGUGUCACGCGCCAAGCUGGAGGUGAACGCCAGUGCUCUCAGGGCGGAGAGACCCUCUUCGUCAUGCCCAAUGGGUGGGUCAAAUCUGGGGAGCUCGACCCAGGAUUCCUGCCCACACCAGAACACACUCCCCAACAGAAGCGACGUGGACUUCGACUGUCCGACUCCAACUCUGGAGGCUGGGACACAAGCCAGACAUACCUGGGAGGGGGCUCGGUGGGCUUAGGCUCGCCCUGUCGUAUGCCCCCUUCUGUGUACCUGACCACCAGACUGUUCCCACAGGGUGGUGUGGGGCGCCACAGCAGCGAGGGCAGAGGGAACGACACUCCACGCCAGCACUAUGUCUGCCUUAGUAAGCAGGAGAAGUCACUGAAAGGGACACCCAAAGCCCCCCUCAGGAAGUCUGCAGGUGAAUAUGUAUAUCCUAUGACACCACAGGACUCCCCUGAGCGCCGCAGAGUGGUAUCAGCACCCAGUGCGCCCAGUGCCCCAACUGCCCCCAGUGCACCCAGCCCAAUGGAGUAUAGCGAGCCUCUGCCUGUUCGCUGGCCACAGGAGGGAUAUAUCUUGAGCAGUCACGGCAUGGUUCCUGUUCCUCUACCACCCCCCACAAUGCCAGCCCCCAGCAGCCAGGCCUAUGUGUCCCAGCAGCAUACUCCUGCCCUGAGCAGAGCGCUCAUACGGGGGGCGCUAGAGCGGGGCGAGCUGACCGACUUUAUGGACUUGAGCCAUUUGAUGAAGAAGAGCUGUAAUGACAGGACUCAGAAUGGACAGUGACUUAAGAGGGACCAGUGCAGUGUCUCUGACCCCCUCCUUUUGUUUAUGUCAUUGCCAUUCAGCCCCUGGCCUCUUGUAUCGCUCCGUGACUGUGACUGGCUCUCAGCUCUGCCACUCAUAUCCAGGCUCACACUAAUUGGUCAGAUGGGCUGAGGUUGUUGCUGUGUCUGCAUUGCAGAGCUGCUACUCUCCCUGGCUCCAGCAGCACAGGAGAGGAGAGAGGGGUG